AUGACUCAGAUCGCAGUUGUCCCUUCGCUUGAGAAGGCGCGAGAAGUAAUCUCCGCCUCGAGAGACUCCGAAUUCCCUCCUAAUCUACUGCCUGUCACUGCCUCAAUCCCGGCCGAUCUCUUGACACCGACAUUGGCCUACCUCAAACUUGCAGAGAGCUCAAAAUUCUCAUUUUUGUACGAGAGUGCUGCAACUACAGAGACUAUUGGACGGUAUAGCUUCGUUGGUGCAGACCCUAGAAAAGUGAUCAAGACUGGCGCAGGCCAUGGACCUGAGACCGACCCCCUUCCUCUCCUAGAGAAUGAACUUUCCCAAUUCCGCGUGGCAUCUGUCCCAGGUCUUACUCUUCCUUCCCUCAGUGGCGGAGCGAUCGGAUAUGUGGGCUACGACUGUGUUCGAUACUUUGAGCCUAAGACCGCCCGGCCCAUGAAGGAUGUACUUCAGGUACCGGAGUCAUUUUUCAUGCUCUUCGAUACCAUCGUUGCCUUUGAUCACUUCUUCCAGGUCGUCAAAGUCAUCACAUACCUUCCGAUUCCCGCUACAGACGCCGAGUUCGAGACCGAAUACCGAAAGGGCCAACUGAUCAUCCGAAAGGCCAUUCAGACCCUGCUACAGGAACGCACACCUCUACCGGCUCAAGGGCCUAUCGUUCCCGACCAGGAGUAUACUUCCAACAUUGGACAGGAGGGUUAUGAAAACCACGUCAACCGCCUAAAGGAACAUAUCGGCAAAGGCGAUAUCUUCCAGACUGUGCCUUCACAACGGCUUUCGCGGCCAACAUCCCUCCACCCCUUCAACCUCUUCCGCCAUCUCCGCACAGUCAAUCCCUCUCCAUACCUGUUCUAUAUCGACUGCCAAGACUUCCAGCUCGUGGGCGCUAGCCCCGAGCUUCUUGUGAAAGAGGAGCGUGGCCGUAUCAUCACCCACCCCAUUGCAGGCACAGUGAUGCGUGGGAAGACACUGGAGGAGGAUAUCGCAUUGGCCGACGAGCUGCGCAGCAGUUUGAAGGACCGUGCCGAGCACGUCAUGUUGGUGGAUUUGGCCCGUAACGAUGUGAACAGGGUGUGUGACCCGAUGACCACGCAAGUGGACCGAUUGAUGGUGGUCGAGAAGUUCUCCCACGUGCAACACCUCGUCUCACAGGUUUCUGGAGUUCUCCGACCUGGCAAGACGCGCUUCGAUGCCUUCCGGUCCAUUUUCCCUGCUGGCACAGUAUCCGGUGCGCCCAAGGUGCGCGCCAUGCAGCUCAUAGCUGAGCUGGAGGGUGAGAAGCGUGGUGUGUAUGCUGGUGCCGUUGGAUACUUUGGUUACAACAUUGCCAAUGCAGACGGGUCAAGCGAGAUUCCUGGUCCUAUGGAUACUUGCAUUGCACUGCGGACGAUGCUGGUGAAGGACGGUGUUGCCUAUCUUCAGGCUGGUGGUGGUAUUGUCUUUGACUCGGAUCCUUAUGACGAGUACAUAGAGACGAUUAACAAGCUGGGCGCUAAUAUCCAGUGUAUUCGUGGCGCUGAGGCCAAAUAUCUCAGCUUGGAGAACACGACUGCUUGA